AUGCCGCUGAAAGACAAAGAUAUUGAAGCUCAUCUUCAAAGCCUGUUGUCAUCAGAAGGUGAGGAUACUGACGAUGAUGAAUUAAAUGAAGAUUUUUCUGACAUCUUGAACAAAAGGCUAGAUAGGAUACAAAAUAUCACUACUGAAGAGCUCCUAGAUAUACUUAGUAAUAAAAACGAAGCAUCAUCUCAUUCCUCUGCUGAGCCUGUAACUGAAACAGGUCAAAAAAGUCAAAUAAUACAACCUGAGAACCUGGGGAUUGAAGGUUAUAAUACACCAACUAGCACAGUUGCCAAUAUUUUUGUUGCACCACCAUCUCCAGUUCAACCAUCAUCUCCAGUUCGACAACCAUCUCCGUUUCGACCACCAUCUCUAGUUCAACCAUCAUAUCCAGUUCAACCACCAUCUCCAGUUCAACCAUUAUCUCCUCCAGUUAGUGAUAUUGUCACCUAUACUCAAUUGAUCCAAAAAGUCAGAUCUUGGUCAACUAAUAUUGAAAAUCAAGCAUUUCCAGUCUUUGAAACUAAAGCUAGACCUACCACUUCUUAUAAUAACAGACAUUUGCCUAUAGAUUACUUUGAACACAUGUUUACAUCAAACAUAAUUGAUAUUCUGGUGGAAAAUACUAAUCUAUAUGCUAUAAAAAAUCAAUCAAGAAACUGGGUAGAAACAAAUAAUGAAGAAAUGCGUGCCUUGCUUGGUGUUAUUAUAAUGAUGGGCUUAAAUCCAUUGACUGAUGUUGAGCUUUAUUGGUCCACUGAUGAUUUUUACAAUAACCCAGUAAUUAGCCGAGUGAUGACCCUAAAACGUUACAAAAAACUAAUAGAAAACUUUCAUGUGAACAACCCAAACACUGAAUUGGAACGCAGUGAUUCAAAUUAUGAUAAAUUAGCUAAAGUCAGACCAUUGAUUGGAAUUCUAAACCAUAAUUUUUCAAGCAUGUGUACUCAAUCUUCAUCACAAAGCAUAGAUGAGAGCAUGGUAAAGUUCAAGGGUCGAAGUAGCAUGAAACAGUACAUGCCAAACAAACCAAUCAAACGAGGGUACAAAAUUUGGGCACGCUGUGACUCUGAGUCUGGAUACCUAUACUCAUUUGAUAUUUACACAGGUAAGGCCACUUCAACAGAUGAAAAUUCUGGUGGUCUUGGAUACAGAGUGGUAAUGGAUCUAUGUAGAAAUGUCCAACCAUACACAUUAAUGGCAUUCGAUAAUUUUUUUACUAGUUUGCCUCUUCUGGAGAUGCUCCAUCACAAAAAUAUAUAUGCUGUGGGUACAAUCCGAGUCAACCGAAAAGGCCUUCCAGCUGAAAUAACUGUAAAGAGGGGAACAAGAGACCAAAUGUGCCUAAAACCAGGAGAAUUUAUGUUUCAACAUGCUGCUCCUAUAUCAGUAAUCAAAUGGAUGGAUACUAAAGAUGUGUAUGUUGCUACUACUGCAUUUGAUCCAAAAAGGGGACAAAUCAUAAAACGCAAUCAGAAAGAUGGAACGAAAAAAAAACAUGUUUUGUCCUUUGGCCAUUGUAGAAUACGUAAAAAAUAUGGGGGGAGUUGA